AUGUCUUCCGCUGCCCCCGCCGCCGCUGCCGUUGCGCCGGUCCUCGCCCCUACGUCGCUGUUCCUCGCCUCUCGGCCUCUCGCGGCGGCCUAUGGAGCCCUGCCGCCACCAGAGUCCCCGAUUGGAUCGGGCGCCUCAGGGGAUCCUACUGCCUCGAUCGAGAUCGCCACGACGCCGCCCUACGGCGUCCCCGCGCCGCCGCCCUAUGGCGUCGCUCCUACCUCGUACGGCGCUUCUCUGGUGGCCCAUGGCGCACUGCUACCGCCAUCGUCUUCAUGGCCGGUGGCGUCCUACGGUGCGCCGCCCCCUCAUCAACCCUACGCGGCGCCCCCGCGGCAUCCCUACGGGCCGCCGCCACCGCAACAGUCCUACUCGGCGCCGCAACCGCAACCCUAUGUGGCGCUGCAGCAUCAACCCUACCCAGCACCAUAUGGGGGCGUGGCCACUUCGCUGCAGCAGCCUUCCGGGUCCGCGGCCGCUCCGCCGCAGCAGUCCUACAGGGCCGCAGCCACUUCGCCAUAUGGGGCUCCUGUCGUGUCGAACUAUGGCGCCCUAGCCGCUGGUACUCCCGGCUUCUACUCACCAUACUCGGCGCUUGCUGCGCAUCCCGAGACAGCUCCAUCGAUGGGUCUCUAUGCACCACCGACGCAUGCUCACGCUGAUCAGGCCGCGGUGCCGUCGCCAUUUUACUUCUCGCACCUGCUGCCGGUGAAGCUCGCGCCGGGCAACUACUUGUCCUGGCGCGCUCAGGUGUUGCCUCUUCUACGGAGCCGCUACUUGGAGGGCUAUGUUGACGGAUCCAUCCCGUGUCCGCCCCCUCAUCAUCCGACGUACCACACAUGGGUGGCCCAGGAUCAGGCCAUCCUCCCCGCCAUCCAGUCUUCGCUCACUCCGAGCAUUUCGUUGAUGGUCAUCUUCGCCGCCACGUCCCAGGAGGCAUGGGCGGCGCUUCACACUAGCUUUGCCUCCCAGUCUUAG